UGCCACCUGUUACUGCCUUUCAGUGCCACCCAUCAGUGCCAGUCAGUACCACCUAUCAGUGCUGCCAUUCAGUGCCGCCUAUCAGUGCCAUGUAUCAGUGCUGCCUUUCAGUGCCCAUCAGUGAUGCCUGUCAAUGCCUAUCAGUGCCACCUAUCAGUGCUGCCAAUCAGUGCCACCUAUCAGUGCCGCCUGUCAGUGCCGCCUAUCAGUGCCAGUCAGUGCCGCCUAACAGUGCCAGUCAGUGCCGCCUAACAGUGCCAGUCAGUGCCGCCUAACAGUGCCAGUCAGUGCAGCCUCAUUGG